UUUUCAGUGUCGAUCCUGUGUCUUAUCUUCUCGAUUUUCCAUCUCAUUGCCUCUCUCGUCCAUGCGUUUCAAACAUUUAUGACCGGGAGUUCUGGAUGACUCUAGCGCCCGCUGCUUGGACAAAGUUUCCACCUUUCUGCUUUCCGAUCGGAUCUCUGCGAUCGGAUCCACUCGCUCGUCACGAUUUCUCUCGUUUCUUGACUCUCUUCACAUCCGCUGGUGGUCACACCACCGCAGCACGACAGAUCCAAUUCUGAAUCGAAAACUUGUCAAGUCGAGUGUUGGAACGUCCAACCCCGGUGAAUAAUGUCGUCCAACGAUUAUGUAACGUAUAAUCGAUUGCUCGGUACGGGUGUUGCCAUGAUAACAUUGACGACCAUUGUUAUCAUAAGUCGCUUUGGAAUCAGGAUAUGGAAAGGAGUAUGGUGGCAGGCCGAGGAUAUUCUCAUCUUCCUCGCCUAUGCGGUAUUCGUAUCGCUGGCGGGAAUGUACCUCUCCAUCAAUCACCUCCUGCAGAGGAUUUACGCUGUUACCACUGGACGAGAGGCACUUUAUGAAACGAUCGAAAAUGAUUCACGCUAUCUGACGAGAAUAAUGUUUCCUUGUACGAUGAUGCUGUGGGUUUCGCUGUGGCUUGUGAAGGCUUCCUUUCUGGUUUGGUAUCGGCGCUUGAUGAAAGGAAUCAAGAAGCAAAUGCGGCUGUGGUGGGUAGUCGUGAUACUUUCCGCCGUGAUGUUAAUCGGCGCUAUCGUCUCGGAGUUUACUUCGUGUAAAUCUCUUUCAGCUUGGUUCACUCCGGGAGAAUGUCAAUCCCCCCGAGAUAUUAAAGCUCAGCUUGCGAGCCUCUGGUAUUCCUAUGCAGUGGACGUGAUCACAGAUAUUAUGGUCAUGCUGCUACCAAUCGGACUCAUCUGGAAUAUCCAGAUCUCCCGCUCACAAAAAAUCUCUCUGGUUGGAAUAUUCAGCUUGGGAAUAAUCUGCAUCAUCAUGGCCACGAUUCGGGUCGUCCAGCUUCGAACACACAAUCCUGACUCAAGUCCAGCUCCGCCGUGGCUGGCUUUCUGGGGGAUCAUCGAGACAGCAACUGCUGUCAUCAUCGGCUGCCUUCCGGCCUUUGCCGUGUUUUAUCGGACUGUACGCAGCAAUCACAAGGGUUACGAAGGCGGCUACGGCGGAUACUCGAACAGGUAUCGCGAAGGCUAUGGAGACGAUUCCAGCCAUUUCCCCUCCGGUGCUGGCACAACCGGAAGCUCUGCGCCUCGCCAUAUCAAGCUUGAAAGCAUGGCAUCCAAGCCGACCAGAACUGGAAACAGUUUCUGGGUUGAAAGCUCCACUAGCCAAGAGCAUCUAGCGAAGCCUGGCGAGAUUGUUGUGACAACCAAUGUCCGCCAGACCCAUUCGUCGGAUUCAUAAUCAUAGAGCAUAGUAAUCACUGAGGCAGUUGGGCGUUUCUUGUACAAUGCAGUGUAUUAUGAUUUGACAACUUCAGCGUCAACAUU